UCGUUGAGCCACUGAUAUCAUAUCUGUUAGAAUUGAUUCCCAUUCACGAGUUCGCCCUAACUCACGAAACCUCUCAGACACGGGAAUCGAGAAGCCGCCACAAGCCAUGUCUCUUGACGCCGGCGGUGCCCCUUGCCGUCGGCGUCGACUCCUCCGCCGCUCUGCUUCCGCUUCUCUUCUUUUCUUUUGCUCCAUUUUCGUUUCAAGCUUCAGCAUCUCUUUCUGCAACUCGUUGAUUCCGGUUCUUUCCAUGGAUACGUACGGUUCUUCUCGACAGCCCGCGUCACCACCGCCUCGUUUCAACCCUCGGAGAUCUCUCGACGGGCUCAGUCAUUCGAGGCCUCCCAUCUCGUCGACGGAGUACAUGUCGGGGUCACCGUCUGUCGUCUCUUUUCUACUGUCUCCGCCGCUCCCUUCCGCUCCUCGCCGCCAAGUCUCCCCUGUCUGUCGAUUUGAAUCCAUCAGAUCUGAACUCCACUCCGUCGUAGAUCUACUCCGGUCCUCCUCCGACACUCUCACCUCGACGCCACCGCAGUCUCUCACCCUUCAUCUCGCGGUGUUAAAAGCUCCGACUCACUUUCUUAUAUGGAGUCACCGCUCACAUCGAAACGGUUUUAACACCUCGUCACCAUCUCCAACACAUUUGUGGUUUCCUCUUUGGUAUAGAUUCGCGAUUCACCGCUGCAUCUCACCGUCUCUGAACCGGUAUGCCGCUUCACCAACCAUCGAAGCUUCCAUAGUGAAGUUUUCGUCUAAAGCUACGACCGCUCAAAAGAUCCAUAGCUCUUCAACGGACGGUAUAACGCCUCUUUCCCUUGUCGCUGGAUCUAUUGUGCAAGAGUGUGGAUUCGCCAGAUUUUCUCGAUACUAUGUUACUGCUGCGUCUCCAUUACAUUAUGCCGUCUCAAGCAUCGACGGUUCUUCACAUAGUCAGCUCUACGGUCCUGUGCAAGAGUGUGGACUCGCCAGUUCUUCAUGUUGUUACGUUAUCGCUGCGCCUCCAUCACACUACGCCGUCUCAAGCAUCGACGGUUCUUCACAGAGUCAGCCCUAUAGUGCCCCCAUCCCUAUCCUUGUCGCAGAAACUAUUGUGCAAGAGGGUGGACACGCCAGAUUUGCUCGUUUCUAUGUCAUUGUUGCGUCUCCAUCACAUUAUGCCGUCUCAAGCAUCGACGGUUCUUCACAGAGUCAUCUCUGCGACUUUCCCACCGGAGCUGUUAUCUUCUAUGGAGUUUCCCGGAACUCUUGCUUUCAAAACCCAUUAGUUGGGCUAUUCAACGUCGAUUUCGACUUAUGUGCGUUUCUUCGAACGCGAGCUUUAGGACUACAAGUGAAGUGUCUCUAUGGGUCUCUUCUCUCCUUAGCCACAUCUAUCUUUCGACAUGUUUUAGUUAUUUUCGUCUAUCAGUUUAUCGUCGAGAAUCUCUCCAGUUGUAAUCGACUUAACCCAUUGGGUCUUUAAUUUUAA